AUGCCACCAACACCUAUCCUAAUCCUCGACGGCGGUCUCGGCACCUCCCUGCAAGACCACUACAACAUCACCUUCAGCAGCGACACCACCCCUCUCUGGUCCUCCCAUCUAAUGAUCUCCGACCCUAAAACCCUCCUUUCCUGCCAACGCGACUUCACCACCACCGCCGCCGUCGACGUCCUCCUCACCGCCACCUACCAAGUCUCGCCGGAGGGUUUCCAGCGCACAAAAACCCCCUCGCACCCGUCGGGAAUUCCCCGCGCCAGUAUCGCCCCCUACCUACGCACCGCGCUCGACGUCGCCGGACAAGCGGUGCAGGAUACCUCUGCCUCUGUGGCGCUGAGUCUGGGCCCCUAUGGCGCGUGCAUGAUCCCCGGACAGGAGUAUAGCGGGAAGUAUGAUGGGGAGCAUGAUAAUGAGGAGAAACUGUGGAGGUGGCAUACGGAUCGGUUGGGGCUUUUUGAUGAUGAUGAGGCCAUGGAGGGGAAGGGGUUGCGGGAGAGGGUUAAGUAUAUUGCGAUGGAGACGGUGCCGAGGAUUGAUGAGGUGAGGGCUGUGAGGAGGGCUGUGGGGUCUUCGAAGGGGUUUUGUGAGGGGUUGCCGUUUUGGGUGGCGUGUGUUUUCCCGGUCGAGGAUAAGGAUACCUUGCCUGAUGGGAGUACUGUUGAUGAGGUGGUCGAGGCGAUGUUGUUGCCGGUUGAGGGGGGUGCGACGCCGUGGGGGAUUGGGAUUAAUUGUACGAAACUUCAUAAGUUGCCCCGGUUGGUUGGGUUGUUUGGGGAUGCGGUGGAGAGGUUGCUGAGGGAGGGGAGGAUUCAGGAGAGGCCGGCGUUGGUGCUGUAUCCUGAUGGUACGCAGGGAGAGGUUUAUAAUACUACUACGCAGACGUGGGAGAAGGUGCAGGAUAAGAGUGGUGCGGAUGAUUCGCGACCCUGGGAAGUGCAAUUGUCACAGGUGGUCAAUGACGCGGCCGCCACUGGCCAGUUCAGCUCGAUCCUCGUUGGCGGUUGCUGCAAGGCUUCGUUCAAUGAUAUCAAGAGGCUUCGCGAACAGCUCCGCCCGGAGUAA